AACCUUCCGAGGCCACGCGACCCCGGCGCGUUGCUCUAGAACCUUCCACGGCUCUCGCCACGUGUCUCGACGCGCCCGUACGGCGGGGUAUUUCACCGCGGCUCCAGGCACCGCCUCCCCCGCAGCUCUUCUCCCCCAGCGAGUUCACCGGACACCUUUCAAGGCGCAAAAAAUAUCUCCCCUCACCUUUCGCUUCGCUGCGACUCACCGGAGAGAAAAAUAUCCUAGAUUCCGUCCGAUUCGCCACUUGUCCGACGGAUUCCAGCUCUUGGUCGCGAGAAUCGAGUUCUUGGGGGCGAUCGGGGCUCUUGAAUCCUAAACCCGCAAGCCGAGUUCUUGGGCAGCCAUGGGCCCGGUGGCGGCGGGCAUUGUGAAGGAGGAGCUCCUGGAGCAGCCGCUAGAGGACGGUAUCGGCAGCGGCGGGGAUGCGGCGGGGGCGCCGCGUCCGAUGGAGGGGCUGCACGAGGUGGGCCCCCCGCCGUUCCUGACCAAGACGUUCGACCUGGUGGAGGACCCGUCCACCGACGCCGUCGUCUCGUGGAACCGCGCCGGCAACAGCUUCGUCGUCUGGGAUCCGCACGUCUUCGCCGACGCGCUGCUCCCGCGCCUCUUCAAGCACAGCAACUUCUCCAGCUUCGUCCGCCAGCUCAACACCUAUGGCUUCAGAAAGGUUGAUCCUGACAGGUGGGAGUUUGCAAAUGAAGGUUUCCUCAGGGGUCAAAGGCACCUACUGAAGAUGAUAAAGAGAAGGAAACCAUCAACUGUGCCACCAUCACGGCAGCAGGCCCCCGCUACUUGCCUGGAGGUUGGUGAGUUUGGAUUUGAGGAAGAAAUUGAUAGGCUGAAGCGCGACAAAAACAUCUUGAUCACAGAAGUAGUAAAGCUAAGGCAGGAGCAGCAGACUACUAGAGAUCAUGUGCAAGCCAUGGAAGAGAGGCUACGAGUGGCUGAGCAGAAGCAGGUACAGAUGAUGGGGUUCUUGGCAAGAGCAAUGCGAAAUCCAGAGUUCAUCCAGCAGUUGGUUCAGCAGCAAGAUAAGAGGAAGGAGCUCGAGGAUGCCAUCUCAAAGAAAAGAAGACGUCCCAUUGACAAUGCUCCAUUUUACAGCCCUGGGGAAACAACUCAGAGCGAGCAGCUUGAUUCACAGUUCUUGUUUGAUUUGGGCGUGCUCUAUGAGCUCAGUGAACCUGGAAUGCCUGAGCUGGGGAAUCUAGCAGCAAACAUUCAGGAGCUUGGGAAGGGUAAUGCAGAUGGUGGGAAGAUGGAUCGAGCUAAUGGCCAGUCAGAGCUGAAUGAUGACUUCUGGGCAGAGCUGUUGAUUGAAGACUUUGGGGACAAGGCAGGGCAGUCAGAGUUGGAGGGAAGAACUGAAGAUGUGGAUGAACUUGCUCAACAGUUGGGGUAUCUGAGUUCUACUAGCCCAAAGUAGAGUUGUGUUCAUAGUGGUUCAUCCAACUAAUACCUCAGCUUCAGUAUUAUUGCAGAUUACAUUGAACAAUCUGUUGAAUGGUGGAGAUGUAUUUGCUGUUUGAGGUGUUCAUGCUGGAGUCCAGAUUGGGGUCUCGGGGACACACUGGCUAGAUGCUGAAGACUCAAUGUUGUGUCGCUAGAUAGAGAUCCUUGAGGUGUAAUGUAGCUGCUAAUCUCUCUGAUGGUGACAGGAGAAGCGACCCUAACUCAAGACUGCAGUGAUCAUCAGCUGGUAUUCAGUAGCUCUUGCAACCAGAACCUGUGGAAGUGUUCUACUCUGUGUAUAAACAACAGUCAUUGAGUCAAGUUUUCUAGUAUGUUGUGCCGGUGCCAUAUCGUUGUCCUUGGUCAGGUUCUUGUAUCUGAUUGUAGGUUGAGUCGGUCUCCUAGUAUGGUCCCUUUGUUAUCGCUUCAGGUCUCGUCAAUUGGUGUACCCUGAAACUUCCUUGCUGUUCAAACAGAGAAGCAUUUUGUUUGUUAA